AAUUCAACUAAACUACGGUUCAAAUAGAAUUGAACCAAACAGCGAACCGAACUACUGUUGAACCAGCCGGUUGAUUCCGGUUUUUGAAAUAUCGGUUUUACAAAUGUUUUGCUCGGCUUCUAGCAUUCAACAAACGUCAAAACCUCCGCCCGUAGACUGAUACAUUUCAGACGGAAGCUUAGUCAGUCAGAGAAAAUGGCUUCCUCUGCAAAAGAUAAUAACUCAAGAUCUGUUAAAAGAGUUGCUGUUGUUGGUGCUGGUGUAAGUGGGCUUGCUGCGGCUUACAAAUUGAAAUCACAUGGGCUAGAUGUAACUGUGUUUGAAGCUGAAGGAAGAGCUGGAGGGAGGUUAAGAACUGUUUCUCGAGAUGGGCUAGUUUGGGACGAGGGAGCUAAUACAAUGACUGAAAAUGAAGCAGAGGUUAAAAGCUUGAUUGAUGCUCUUGGACUUCAAGAAAAACAACAAUAUCCAUUGUCACAGCAUAAGCGCUAUAUUGUGAAAAAUGGGAUGCCACUUCUGGUACCCGCAAAUCCUGCUGCACUACUGAAGAGCAAACUGCUUUCUGCACAAUCAAAGAUUCGCGUCAUUUUUGAACCAUUUAUGUGGAAAAGAAGUGACUCCUCUACCGUGUGUGAUGAAAAUUCUGAAGAAAGUGUUAGCAGAUUCUUUGAACGUCAUUUUGGGAAAGAGGUUGUGGACUAUCUCAUUGAUCCUUUUGUUGGCGGUACAAGUGCAGCAGAUCCUGAAUCUCUUUCUAUGCGCCAUUCUUUCCCAGAGCUAUGGAAUUUGGAGAAAAGGUUUGGCUCCAUUAUAGGUGGGGCUUUACAAUCCAACUUAUUUGGCAAAAGGGACAAAACAGGAGAAACUAAAGAUGCACCGAGAAAAAGCAAGCACCAGCGUGGUUCAUUUUCUUUUCAGGGCGGGAUGCAGACAUUGACUGAUACGUUGUGCAAAGAGCUUGGCAAAGACAACCUUAAAUUAAAUGCAAAGGUUUUGACACUAGCUUACAGUCAUAAUGGAAGUUCUCCAUCGGAAAAUUGGUCUAUUACUUGUGCUUCUAACCUAACAACACAAGAUGUUGAUGCAGUAAUUAUGACGGCUCCUCUAGGUAAUGUCAAAGACAUCCAGAUCACAAAAAGGGGAACCCCCUUCACACUUAAUUUUUUUCCUGAGGUGACCUAUUUGCCACUCUCAGUCUUAAUUACCACCUUUAAAAAGGAGAAUGUGAAGAGACCUCUAGAAGGAUUUGGAGUUCUUGUUCCUUCAAAAGAGGAACAAAAUGGUUUUAAAACCCUUGGUACACUUUUUUCCUCUAUGAUGUUUCCAGAUCGGGCUCCCAGUGAUUUGCAUCUCUAUACUACCUUCAUAGGGGGAACUCGAAACAGGGAACUCGCUCAAGCGUCAACUGACGAGCUCAAGAAAAUUGUCACUUCUGACCUGAGAAAGUUGUUGGGAGCAGAAGGGGAGCCCACAUUUGUCAACCAUUUCUACUGGAGUAAAGGCUUUCCUUUGUAUGGUCAUAACUAUGGAUUAGUUCUUGAAGCAAUUGACAAGAUGGAAAAAGGUCUUCCCGGAUUUUUCUAUGCAGGUAACCACAGAGGUGGACUCUCAGUUGGCAGAGCGAUAGCCUCAGGUUGCAAAGCAGCUGAUCUUGUAAUUUCCUACCUCAACAAUGCUUCAGACAAUACAGUGGCUGAUAAAUGAUCAUCUAGAUGUAGGAACUGCAUAUUUUCAAUUUACCAGAGUUCUUAAUUUCAGCAUCUGUAACCAAUGUAAUAUUAUUAUUCUUGAAUAAUGCAAAGUCCCCAACUCGAUUUUGAACAGGGAAAAGGAAGUUUGUUGAAUACAGUCGUCGAUUGCAGAAUAAGUUUUUCUUUCAAAAUGCAAACAUCAGAUAAUCAUGGACAUAUUCUUCGUUU